AUGCAUGCAGACACCAUUCGCAGCAUCAACAAUCUGGGCUCGCUGCUGUGUUCCUGCAAGAAGCACGACGAGGCAGAGCCUCUCUUGCGCGAAAGUCUGGCGAAACAUCGGGCUUUGCUGGGUGACCUGGACGAGAGCACCCUGACCUGCAUGGGAAACUUGGCAAAGUUCCUGGAGGAGAGAGAGUUGCUUGUAGAGGGGGAGCAGCUCUACCACGAAUGCUUGGCGGGUCGCCGUGCGUUUUCCGGAGAAAAAGACCAGGGUACCCUGGCUCGCAUCUACAACCUGGCGGACUUGCUGAAGACUAAGGGUCAGCUUCAAGAGGCGGAGCAGCUGUUCCGGGAAGAGCUGGAGAAGUGCCGCGAGAUCUUGGGCGACGACCACGAGGAGACCCAGAACUCCAUCCGGAAUCUGGCGGAGCUGCUUGAAGAGAUGGGGCAAGUUGACGAGGCCGCCCGCCUCCGGGCGGAAGUCCCGGACAGCGAGGGCGAGGAGGAGGAGGAGGAUGGAGAGGAGCCUUGA